GGCAGCAGGCGGGUGGUGCAGUAUGGAGCAGGAAUCAUGUUGAUUCUGGGAUCAGUCGGAAAGUUCACGGCUCUGUUCGCCUCCCUGCCGGAUCCCAUCCUAGGAGGGAUGUUCUGCACGCUGUUCGGUAUGAUCACGGCUGUAGGGCUGUCUAACCUGCAGCUGGUGGAUUUGAACUCAUCCAGAAAUCUUUUCGUUCUUGGGUUCUCAAUGUUUUUCGGUCUGACUCUGCCAACGUACCUGGACGCACACCCCGACUCCAUCAACACAGGUCUGACGGAGCUGGAUCAGAUUCUGAUGGUUCUUUUGUCGACUGAAAUGUUUGUUGGCGGUUUUCUGGCUUUUUGUCUCGACAACACGAUACCAGGUUCCAAACAGGAGAGAGGUUUGGUUGAGUGGAGUUCUUCCUUCUCCUCCUCCUCUUCCUCCUAUGACCUUCCUCUAGGGAUGGGUAUGGUGAGACGGACCAGCUGGCUCAGACGGUUUCCCAUCAGCCCCUCCUUCAGAGGUUUUCAGGGGUUUGAUGAUCCGCCGCCGUGCGAGGAGGAAGAGGAGGAAGAUGCUGACAUCAGCCAGCCCAGUACGAAGGUCAUCAACUUCCAAAAAUAAAAUCAAACAACAACCC